GCUUCACCGAGAACAUCAUGAAAUUCAUCGCACUCUGCUUCUUUCUGCUGUUGGCUCUGAUCGCGACGCUCGGAAGUCUGCCCGGCGCAGUGGCAGAGCCAUCCCGUGACAGUGGUGGCAACAGCUGGAGGGGCGGCUCCUCGGGCUCCCGGCCAAAGCAACGGCCCUUCAUCUACGAUGCGCCCAUACGACAACCUGGUCGGCCCCAGACCAUGUACGCCUAAACAAAAGCCACUGACAUGCCCUAAGAACGAUCAAACAUCUUUUUGCAAACUUCAAUAAAUUAUUAACAGCUUUAUAACAACUAAA